AUGGCUGGCAAAACCUUAAAUUCUUUAUUUGAUUCGGGAGCAACACAUUCAUUCAUUGCAUUCGAAAAAGCUAGUGAGUUAGGAUUGAAGAUUGUAGUUUUAGGUUAUGACCUAAAGGUGUAUAAUGCCACCCAUGAAGCCAUGGUAACUAGGCUAGGAUGCCUGCAAGUUCCAUUUAGGAUCAAGCAACAUGACUUUGUCCAUAAUUUUAUCUGUUCGCCGAUGAUCGAUCUUAAUCUUAUCUUAGGACUGGACUGGUUAGCUGAGAACCAUGUCCUGCUCAACUGUUCUGCAAAAUUGGUGUACUUGAUGCCUGAAGAUACAGAAGGAACAGUUGUAUUGAAUAGUUAUUACUUGAAUUCGAUAAUGGUGAAUUGUUCAGGAACUGAAUGUCAGGGUAUCUUGUUGUUAACCACAGGUGUUUUGGGUGAUGAUCAAAGAUUGGAGCAAAUUUUGGUUGUGUGUGAGUUUCUGGAGGUGUUUCCCGACGAUAUUGAUGAAUUUCCACCUAACCAAAAAGUUGAAUUUGCUAUUGAGUUGGUGCCUGGGGCGGGACCAAUAUCGAGUGCUCCUUAUAGGAUGUCAACGCUAGUAAUGGCCGAGGUAAAGUCUCAGUUAGAGGAUCUAUUGGGUAAGAACUUUAUCCGAUCAAGUGUUUCCCUGUGGGGCGCGCUAGUGCUACUGGUAAAGAAGAACGACGGGAGUAUGCGGCUCUGUGUGGAUUACAGACAACUGAACAAGAUAAGAGUGAGUGGUGAGAACAUCCCUAAGACUGCUUUCAGGACUCGUUAUGGUCAUUACGAGUACACUAGUGAAGAAGAGCAUGCAGAACACUUGAAGAUCGUGUUGCAGAUACUAAAGGAAAAGAAACUCUAUGCGAAAUUGUCCAAAUGUGAAUUUUGGAAGAGUGAGGUGAAGUUUUUGGGUCACGUGGUGAGUAAGCAAGUGAUAGCAGUAGACCCAUAUAAAAUGGAGGCGAUAGCUUUGUCAUUGACAAGGUUAACCCGCAAAGACACACUAUUUGUUUGGACUCCUGAGUGUGAGGAGAGCUUUCAGGCGUUGAAGCAAAAGUUGACCACCGCACCUGUGUUGGUGUUACCUGAGCCAAAUGAGUCAUUCGAGAAGGUGAAGAUUGAAGACCAGAGACCUGCCGGGAUGUUGCAACCUUUAGAGUUAGCUCACUUUUUACCCGUUUGGAUGACUUACACCCUUGAAGAGCUAGCACGGUUAUACGUAAAGAAGAUUGUGAGAAUUCAUGGUGUCCCUGCUACUAUAAUCUCUGAUAGAGACCCUCGUUUCACUUUGAGGUUUUGGGGUGAAUUUCAGAAAGCUUUCGGAACCUAA